UGUCAUAGUUCUUCUAUUUAGACCAAAAAAUUGAUCGUGAAGGAUCAAAGCAAAUCUAGGAAUAAAGGACAAUAUGUAUUACAUUCCAUAAAUGUUCAACUUGAGCGAUCGAUGGGUUGAAGGUUUAUUAAGAUCUUAGAGAAGCCAGAUCUAGAUACUCUAGAGAGUAACUCUAUAUACAGCUCAUCAAAAAAUCACAAAGACAGCCAUCAGAUUAUGUUACUUAAGCAGAAGAUUAAGGAUAGUUUAAGGAGCCGAGAAAAUGAUAGCGAAAAGCUCCUCCCGAACCAAGGGCUGAAUAGGUCAUUGGAACUGAUAAAUUUUAAUUCCUUAUCGCCUGCUUAUGUUCCUAAGAGUGCUGACUGAAUGGACCUUCCGAACAAUUUUCGAGAAAAAGGCCAUAGCUUAUGCUAUUCCCAAAACCUGGGUCGCAGACAGAUGAUACAGAAACAACAAUUACCUCUAGUAGAGAAAACUUUGGAUAAAAAUCAAGACCUGAAGACGGAUAAAAAGUUAUUAAAUAUCAUAAUCAAGGAUCCAAUGAAGCUUGAAGACGAUAAAAUUGGACAAGAUAGUAACGAAGGAUCAUUUGCAACAUCAAGGUUUUGCAGAUUGAGCUCUCCUUCAGAUAUAAUAAAGGUUACAUCUUACUUGAAAAGCCCCUAUUUGACUGCUCGGGGGAGAAAUGGGAAAGGAAAGUUGCUCAAAAACACCUUUAAGCUGCUCAAAUCUAGCUCUGUGGAGAGGCCUAAGUGGCAGGGGAAGGAAACUAGCAAAUUACGGAGUUUGGUCAGCACAGUUGGGAUUGAAUUAGGGAUGACUGAUAAAGAAUGGAAGAGUGGAGGAAAGAGGUCUGUUAGAAAAGGAAUGAGAGAGUUGACUCAAAUUAAGGAUGUGAAGAAAGAUGAUAGGAAUAACUCAAAAGAAGAGAUUAAAGUGGAUUGUAUGAGAAUUUCAUUAAAUUCUCACACAAAGAAUACCAUAAAGAAUUCUCAGAAAGGAAGAAAGACAUACUUCGGGUUUCCAGGCAAAAAAUUAUCAGGCUUCAGGCACAAGAGUCAUAAAUUUUCAAAUGAUUACAUCCACGUAAAGAUCAGGAAACAAACUCAAUAACC